AUGACUUUUGAAACAUUAGAAAUCGAGUAUAUUGAAAAUCAUAUCGCCCAUGUUAAGCUUAAUAGACAGAAAGUCGGAAAUGCUAUGAAUGUUAAAAUGAUUCAUGAAUUGCCUGAAGCUAUGAAGAUGCUAUAAAAGAAAGAAGAUCUGAGAUGUGUGGUUUUAACAGGAAAUGGAAAGCAUUUUAGUACUGGAGUAGAUUUGUAAGAUCCUAUUUUUGCAAUAUCCAUUGAUGAAGAAGAUGUGGCACGCAGGACUGCCUUUUUAUAUAAAUUCAUUUAAGUUUUACAAGAAACAAUAACUUCUUUUGAAAGAUUAUAAAUUCCUAUUUUAGUAGGAAUACAAAAUGCAUGUCUUGGAGUAGCUAUUGAAUUUAUUUUAGCAGCUGAUGUGAGAAUUUGCACAAAGUAGUCGUUUUUCGAGUUCAAAGAAAUAGAUGUUGGUAUUGCAGCUGAUAUGGGACUUUUACAAAGAUUACCUGUGACCUGCACAAAUGAUAGUUUAUUACGUGAAUUAGUUUACACUGGUAGACGUUUUGACUCAGAAACUGCAUUAAGGAUUGGUAUGGUUUCUUAAGUUGUUGAAAAUGAAGAACAAUUGAGAAGUAUUCUUCUUAAAACUGCAAAAACAAUAGCAGAAAAAAGUCCUGUGGCCGUUUGGACAAUAAAAAGUAUAUUAACUACAUAAAGGCAUAAAACAAUACUUCCUAAUUUGGAUUACAUGGCUCGCUUAAACUCUGCCAUGGCUUAAACAAGCGAUAUUCCAAUAGCUUUGAAUUCAUUAAUUUCAAAGUAAAAAGCAAUAUAUCCUAAGCUAUGA